CCAUCAGCAAAUGUGCAGUUGCGCCCCUGCUUAUUAAACAUUGACAGAAAAACUCCACACUGAUGAGGGAAAACCUAGACAUUCACAGAGUUUGUGAUAAAGAUGAGGUUGUUUCCUCAUGCAAACAGAUUUGAGGAUUGACAUUUGUCUGCCUUAACAAAGAGGUUUAGUGAAGGUGGCUGAUUUUUGACCCAAAGAAUAUGAUAGUGAAUUCCAAAACAACAGAAGGAGGAGGAGGGAAACAUGGACAUAGAUGUUUGAUGUUUGUUAAUGGUCUUUUCCACCACAAUCAAGAUGUUAUUUGUGCCAUCGGAAAGUAUGACAUGACUGUGGUUUGUGGGUGGACUCUGCUGCUGGUGUGAAGUUUACGCAUCAGAAGGUUUCACUUUCAAGCUGGACUGAUGGUGAACGUUUAAAGUACAACAUGCCUAUCAGAAUACGGUGUGCGUCGAUUCUACUCAUGUUCUGUGGUGUGUUUGGUGGAGAGCUGGAUGAAACUGAAACGAUAUUAGUGAUGAAGGGAGACUCUGUAUCUUUACAUACUGGACUGGGUGAAGUGAACAGAGAGAUGCAGAUAAUGUGGAUGUUUGGACCUGAGAAAGCCAACACUCUCAUUGCUGAAAUCCAUAGCAUGAUCGUCUCUAUAUAUGACAGUUAUGAAGAACUGAAAGACAGGGUGCAGAUGAGCCAGAGGACUGGAUCUCUCACUAUCAGAAACACCUCAAUCAGUCACUCAGGACUCUACGAGGCGCAGAUCAUGACCACGGUGACUGCAUUUAAACGAUUUCAUGUCAUUGUUCAUGACGGAGGCUUUCCCUGCGCUGUCUUGUGCUCAGCUGAGAACGGGCCUGGCGUCUCUCUGUCGUGGUAUAAAGACGGUGAAAGACUGAAUCAGACCAGCGGUCCUGACCUCAACUUCCCUCUGUCGGUGCUGCUGGAGAUAAAAGAGAGAAGUAAAGAUGUGUAUCAGUGCGUGGCUGCUAAUCCCAUCAGCAACAAGACAACACCAUUCAGCUUUCAGGAACACUGUCCGCAACACACAGAUUCCAGUCGCUUUUGUGGUUCUACUGAAAUCGCGAUCCGAUUGGUCGUCUCCAUGCUGAUGGGUGUGGCUACUGUUGCUCUGGUGAUUUAUGAUGUCAGAUCUGGAGGAGGAGUCAACGAGGUGUUCCAGUGCUAAAAUAAAUACCACAGCUGACAAAACUAGUGUGACUUACUGUAGCAUAUCUGUUUGUGAUUCACGUAUGAAUGAAUGAAAGCUGUGCUAUUUAAUCAAAUGUUAUUUACAGAGCUCUAAAAUAAUGCAUCUGCUAAUUGUUAAAAUGCUGACAUGAUUAAUCACAUGGUUAAAGCUAGUGGUGGGCAAAGCGAGGCUUCAUGAAACACUGAAACAUUUGAAGCAAAUGAGUCGAAGCUUUAAAACGUUUCGAAACCCCACUCUACGGUGACGCCUAGUGGUCAUUUUUUAUGUAUUGCACCGAAACAUCUUCAGCAAGAACAUUUCAGCAAACUGAGGUAUUAAACCCCACUUUGUAGAAAUAUAUAUUCAAGAGAUUUAGUGGAGCAGUUAAGGUUUCUGCCCUCCAUGUGGAGAUAGUGGGUUCGAAUCCAGGCUGAUGCAGCUAUUUUGAAAUGCUUUAAUACUAGUUGGGAAUGCUCUGAUCUUGUUUCGUUUUGUUUUAACAUUGGUCUGACAUCCGAAUAAACACUUUGUGAAUGAAUAUGUCUUGUUUUGGUAUUAAAACGGUUAUUGCUAGAUCAGACACAGUUGUGGCCAGAAGGUAUUAAGAAUUAAUUAUAUUAUUCAUUAAAUUUCUCAUUUAUUGUAUUUCAUUAACGUCUACCCAAACCCUCAACCCAACCAUCAGUAGUGUUAAAAUAUUUAUUAUUGUUUUAGUGUUACAAAAACAAUGCUAUAUUGAUGGCGUAUCCGCAGCUGUAAUCUAUUUAGGCUACCCCAUAAAACAGAAAUAUAAUUAAAAUACAUAAAACCAUGAUUUGAGAGUAUUUGUACAAUCGGGAUUCGAACCCAAAAGACAUCGGAAGAAUAGUAACAGCGCGCACACGCACAGUCCACGAGGCCAUAUAACAUAGGUCAAAAAUUGGACUCCGGCAGUAACAUGUAGAUUUGCCAGGUCCCGAAAUGCUUCCUAACUGAUCGAUGCUUUGAAUCAGUUUAGUCACGUGACCUGGGUGUUUCGGAUCAUGCACAGUGUUUCGAGACACUUGCGCUUCGGGAUCUCGAAACUGUGUCGAAACGUCAGUUUCACGUCAGCCAUCCUUAAUAAAAAGCAAAUACUGAUGUCUAAACUAUUGUCGGAUGAAUAUAUUUGAA